UCGGAGUGAAGCUGAGCUUCGUGUGAACGCCGGUGGGAUCCCUUUGUAGCGCUUCCAAUGGGGCGCAAACGAGACCUGACGCCGCUCUGCUGCUGCUGGAUCCUCAUCAACUCCGUGCUCUCUGAGGACUGGGAUCGUGUUCACACUGAGGACGAGCUCUUCAGGAGUUUGUUUAGAGGCUACAGCAAGUGGACUCGACCGGCGAAGAACGUCACAGACGUGGUCAUCGUCAAGUUUGGCCUGUCCAUCGCCCAGCUUAUAGAUGUGGAUGAGAAAAAUCAGAUGAUGACAACCAACGUGUGGCUGAAACAGGAAUGGACGGAUUACAAGCUGCAGUGGAGUCCUUCCGACUUCAACAAUGUGACAUCCAUCAGAGUCCCUUCUGAGCUCAUCUGGGUCCCCGACAUUGUGCUGUACAACAAUGCUGACGGGGAGUUCGCUGUCACCCACAUGACCAAGGCACAGCUGUUUUACACCGGUCGUGUCCGCUGGGUACCGCCCGCCAUCUACAAGUCCUCCUGCUCCAUCGACGUCACCUUCUUCCCCUUUGACCAGCAGAGCUGCAAGAUGAAGUUCGGAUCCUGGACGUACGACCGCGCCAAGAUCGACCUGGAGCCCUUUGAGAACACCGUGGACCUGAAGGACUACUGGGAGAGUGGAGAAUGGGCAAUCGUCAACGCUGUAGGAACCUACAAUACCAAGAAAUACGACUGCUGUCACGAGAUCUACCCCGACAUCACCUACUACUUCGUGAUCCGCCGCCUGCCGUUGUUCUACACCAUAAACCUCAUCAUCCCCUGCCUACUCAUCUCCUGCCUGACCGUCCUGGUCUUCUACCUGCCAUCAGACUGCGGCGAGAAGAUCACGCUGUGCAUCUCUGUGCUGCUGUCGCUCACCGUCUUCCUGCUGCUCAUCACUGAGAUCAUCCCAUCCACAUCGCUAGUCAUCCCGCUGAUUGGGGAGUACCUGCUCUUCACUAUGAUCUUUGUCACGCUGUCAAUCAUCAUCACCGUGUUUGUGUUGAAUGUGCACCACCGAUCAUCAGAGACUCACACCAUGCCCCGGUGGGUUCGGAGGCUCUUCCUGUCUGUGGUGCCGCGCUGGCUCUGCAUGAAGCGCCCGCAUCAUGGACUCAGGCCUGCAAGGCGACACCACCUGAGCGAUAAACUCCUCCCUCUCCGGACUCCGGGCCCCUCCCACAGCAUCUGGAUCACUCAGGAGUCUGAUGUGGACGCUGGAGAUGAAAUUAACCAUUGGGACUUUCAUGGUUACUCAAACAUGGAGCAUUUGGAGAGGUUUGGGUCCCCGUCUUGUCUUUCUGCUCGGUCUCUGGGCUAUACACUCCUACCACAGACACGGUCCACUGUCAGCUUAGAGUGGGAUACCCCUCCUGAUUCGACCCAGAACCAGUGGGACUCUUCUGUGUCUCCUGCUGUCAUAUCCGCCCUGGAGGGAGUAACGUACAUCGCUGAACACCUAAGAGCAGAAGAUGCAGACUUUUCGGUGAAGGAGGACUGGAAGUAUGUGGCCAUGGUCGUAGACCGGAUCUUCCUGUGGAUGUUCAUCAUAGUGUGUCUGUUGGGGACCGUUGGACUCUUUCUGCCUCCGUGGCUCUCUGGGAUGAUUUAAAACCAAGACUAGAUGUUAAAAACACUAAUAUAUUAUAUAAAAAAGUGGAAGAGCAUGGUUAACUUUUAAAUUUGUUGCAACAGACGAGUCUAGGAAACUUAUUUC